AUGAUGGUGCAUUGUGCGGGCUGCGAGAGGCCCAUUUUGGACCGCUUCCUGCUGAACGUCUUGGACAGGGCAUGGCACAUCAAAUGCGUCCAGUGCUGCGAGUGCAAGUGCAACCUCACCGAGAAAUGCUUCUCCAGGGAAGGGAAACUCUACUGCAAAAAUGACUUUUUCAGGAGGUUUGGUACCAAAUGCGCCGGCUGCUCCCAAGGGAUCUCUCCCAGCGACCUCGUCCGGAAAGCCCGGAAUAAAGUGUUCCACCUGAACUGUUUCACCUGCAUGGUGUGCAACAAGCAGCUCUCCACGGGCGAGGAACUCUAUAUCAUCGACGAGAACAAAUUUGUUUGCAAAGAGGAUUAUUUGAACUCUCCCAGUUUGAAGGAAGGCAGCCUCAACUCAGUGUCCUCAUGUACAGACAGGAGUUUGUCCCCGGAUCUCCAGGACCCCAUGCAGGACGACACCAAGGAAACGGACAACUCGACCUCGUCGGACAAGGAGACCACCAACAACGAGAAUGAGGAGCAGAACUCGGGCACCAAGCGGAGGGGGCCCCGCACCACCAUUAAAGCCAAGCAGCUGGAGACCCUCAAAGCCGCCUUCGCCGCCACCCCCAAACCCACCCGCCACAUCCGGGAGCAGCUGGCCCAGGAGACCGGCCUCAACAUGAGAGUGAUCCAGGUGUGGUUCCAGAACCGUCGGUCCAAGGAGCGGCGGAUGAAGCAGCUGAGCGCGCUGGGCGCCCGCCGGCACGCGUUCUUCCGCAGCCCCCGCAGGAUGCGGCCCCUCGGCGGCCGCCUCGACGAGUCCGAGAUGCUCGGCUCCACGCCCUACACCUACUACGGAGAUUACCAAGGUGACUACUACGGGCCGGGAGGCAACUAUGACUUUUUCCCCCACGGGCCGCCCUCCCAAGCCCAGUCCCCGGCCGACUCCAGCUACCUUCAGAACUCAGGACCCGGCUCCACACCCCUGGGACCCUUGGAGCCCCCCCUAAGCGGACACCACUCCUCAGAAAACCAAAGGUACACGGAUAUGAUCUCGCACCCCGACACCCCCAGCCCCGAGCCGGGCAUGACGGGCUCGCUGCACCCCAUUCCUGGCGAGGUCUUCAGCGGGGGGCCCAGCCCGCCCUUCUCCAUGUCCAGCAAUAGCGGCUACAGCGGGGCUCUGUCGCACCCCAACCCGGAGCUCAGCGAGGCGGCGGUGUGGUAG